CAGAUCGAACUACGGAAAUACUUGGCCAACAGUCAUUUUCGGAAACAACACAUAAGGUAUAUGUACCAUACCAUACGUUAACCAAGGAUUAUUAUUACCCAAGGAUUAUCAUAAAUCAAGGACUAUCAUCAUGUGCAACGCCAUUUGUGAAUGCCUUAAAUGUCCUGGCAAAGUUAUUUGCUGUUGCUGCUCCUGCGCCUGCAAGAUGCUGCUGAGCAUCGUGUUCUCUGCGCUUCUGAUGGUCGUGGUCAUCGGCCUGAUUGUCUACUUCACGGUCUUCUAUCACAAGGAUAAGGACACGGACGAAGUGCAGAAGCAGGUCGCCCAACUGGCGCCCAUUGUGAAGCGCAGCAUUCGCGACUACUUCAGCAAGGAGUACUGAUCUGAGGACAUGAAUUUAUACUAUAGGCCAUACUAAUAAUAACCCCGUCGAAAUCGAAAUCGAAACGAACCAACAACCAGAGCCGUUCAGUGCAUGACUUAAUCUAAUCGCGUCGGAUGCUCGUUAUGGGAUUUUUUCUUAUCUAUAGAUAGUUUGCGACUCAAUUGAAUGGGCAAUUUGUGAGUUCUUUAAAAAGGUAGAUACUGUUGUGCGCGGAAAAUGUGACUCACUGAAUGCUUGACAAUACACUUUAAGCUCGAAACCCAAUAAAGCAAUCACAAUAUGUGUAUGCAAGGCAGAAAUAAAUCAGAAAUAAACGUUUAUUGUAAGA